AGGGAUAAACGUUUUAUAUGCAGGUUAUGAAAAGUAUCUGAAACGGAGCAAGAUGUGUGUUUUCUUUCUUUGCAGGUUAACUGUAUUAGGUUUGGCAUCUGCUUUAGGUAUUAUGGCAUUAAAGAAAAAUAUAUAUUAAGUUUCGUAGUAGCUACAGUUCGGUGAAGAGGCCUUAUUUGUAACGCAUAAUAAAGGCAGUUUUCGGAUUUUAGACUGCUGUCACCACAGGGUUUUGUAAAUAUUUGUGUUGGAGGUUAGCGGGGGAGGAAGAGGGUGAAGCAGAAAAAGACAUUUCUGUUGGGAAUUUGUUACCUCUUACUUGCUUUGUAAUGAUGUUUAAGAGAUUAUUAACAAACAGUGCACAAUAGUGUGUAAUUAAAGUAACUGGCUAAGUGUGUGUGGAGUUAAGGAGAGAGAGGAUUACUACUGCGUAUACUUUGAAGGCCUCAUAGUCGAUGGCAUUUUACUAUAAUGAGGGAUGAAGUGUGGCAGAAUUUAGCCAUAAUAGAAGGUGGCUCCUUCAAGUCAGAGAGAAAUUUAUGAUCUGGGUACUGGCUGUUAUGGCAGAGAAAUCAUUCCAAAUCUUUAAUUCACAGGCUGAGGAUUUGCCUACCUGCUUACCCCCUGUAUUAAUAAAGUAAAAUAUUAAGGAUCCUGCCCAACAAAAGUCACUUUAAAUUUGUAUCAUCAUUUAAAUACCUGAAGUGAUCUUCUGAUGUUUCACUUUGCUCAUGACACUUUACUGGCUGCUCGAUCCUUUUAGUAUCUGGACUCAUCAAGUAAAAUGUAAGGGUGACUGGGAAUGUAAACAAGAAGAAGCUGUGUGUCUCCCGAUGGCUGUCAGUACAUGCUAACGUAGUGUUGGUGAUGGCAUCCGAGACUGAGAAGACCCAUGCUUUGCUCCAGUCUUGCAGCCCUGGAUCUCUUAUUUCCAGCCUUGGUCUGGGGCUGUUUUGCUUCGUGGCUGAUAGACUUCUUCAGUUUUCCAUAAUUCAACAAAAUGACUGGCUUCGAGCCCUCUCAGAUAACUCAGUACAUUGUAUGAUUGGCAUGUGGUCCUGGGCAAUAGUCAUCGGAAUCAAGAAGAAGACUGACUUUGGAGAAAUCGUUUUAGCUGGAUUUUUAGCCUCUGUUAUUGAUGUAGAUCACUUUUUUCUAGCUGGAUCCCUGUCUUUACAGGCUGCUCUGGCUCUUCCUCGAAGACCUUUCCUUCACUGUUCUACUGUGAUACCCGUUGUGGUUCUGACCCUGAAGUUUACUAUGCACCUUUUCAAGCUCAAAGACUCGUGGUGCUUUCUUCCCUGGAUGUUAUUUAUAUCCUGGACCUCACACCAUGUCCGAGAUGGAAUUCGCCAUGGCUUGUGGAUGUGCCCGUUUGGAAAGACUUCUCCUUUGCCAUUCUGGCUUUAUGUAAUCAUCACAUCGUCUUUACCUCACAUCUGUUCGUUCAUUAUGUAUUUCACAGGGACCAGACAGAUGAUGUCUUCAAAACAUGGAAUUCAUAUUGAUGUCUGAGGUAACCAUGGGGCAGUCUUAGAGGAGCACUGGUUGAGACAAUGAUAUUUAAGGAUUGCCAACCUUAAAGUGAAUUUUUAAAAAGGUGUUAGUACUUAACAUUAAUUACUAUAAUUCCUGAGUCCUCUUGCUCAAGAGGCAUGUACAAUUUUUAAAAAUUAUUUAUGUUGUAUUCCUCUUUUCCAUAACACUCCAGUGCAAUAUUAGAGUUCUGUUUAUUCCAUGAUACAUUUGUAUACAUUUCUUCUAUUUAUCUGGCUUUACCAAUGUUAUUAGAUUUACAUCUAGUUAAGUUUUCUGGAAGUAUGCUUUUAAGGUAGUUCAUUUCCUGGUGAGAAACAGCUCACAUUUUAGGAUGACUGAUUUGUGAAAAGUUAACAUUCCAUUUGGAGCCACAGUUUCCUGAGAUGGUGAAACAAUGAAAUGGGCAAAGUAUAUGAGAUUAUGAGUAAGAUGUAUAGUGAAUGCUAACAUUUCUUUAUGGCACAUAUUUUGAUCCUGACUGAAGUUUAAUGUGCCAAGGGCUUUAGUCAGUUUUGACUACUGGCAGAGUCUUGUUUCAAUGCACUUAUGUUAUAAUAUUCACAAAAGACAGUAACAUGAGACCUAGGCUGUUGUUUCAGAAAUAACUUCAGGAAAUAAUUACUGUAAUAUGUUGGCUCUAAUAACAUCUUACCAAAGUAUUAUUUUUUCAGUAUCUCUGCCCCCAGAUCUCGUAUGUUGGAGUUUUAACUGUUUUGAAAAACAUACCUAAACAUAACAAAAUAUUUGUUCAAAAUUAACAUUAACAAAAUAUUGAUACUUGCUCAUAACCAUAGAAUUCACACAAAAAGGACUUGAAUCAAUGUCAUUUCAAAUGUAAACGCCUGAAUGUACCAUUAAAAUUAUUUGUUGCUGUCAAUUGGUUUAUGUACUAUUCUAAAAUAUUACACCAGUUAAAUUGUUUUUUUAAAUGUGCCUGAUACUGAGAAACAAAACUUUUUUUUUUUCCAGAAUAAAGUAGUUUUAGGAAAUUGGCUUUUUCCUUUGUUCUUUCAGGUUGAUCGUCUGUAAAAAAUGAUUAACCUUUAUUAGAGAAGGAAAAUUGAGUUGCUGUAAGUUUCACAUUUGCACAGUUUAAUGUUACUUUGAUAUAACAGUCAGUGCCCCAGAAGUACCUGCUUUUUUGUGGCAUUUGUACCAUCUGCCGUCUUCAGAUUUUCUUACAUAUUUGUGUUCUGUCAUGCUGAUGCUUGUGUGCCUUAUUCUCUGACAAGGGAUGAAGCAAUGCCUUAUCCAAAGCAGAUUUUUCAUGUUUAUUAAACAGAGUUCUGUAAAUUGUUACAAAGGGGCAAGCUCUUUAGUUUUUCUUUUUGUUUUUAAUCAGUUGGUUGCAGUCUCUUAUGUUUUACAAUUUAUUAGAUCUUACAGUCUGUUACUGUCUUUGGAGAGCAAUUAUUGUGUCAGUUUGGUUGGUUUCAUAGUAUUACAUAGUGGGGUAAAUUUGAUUUAAGGUAGAGAUUUUUUUUAAGUGUAUGAUUUUAGAAAUCCAUGGAAAUAAAGCAUAUAUAUUGUGUAA